AGAUAUUUUAAAGGGACAAAGCACAGCAUGGCGGGAAAGGCGGGGCCAUGUUGCUGCCCCGCCCCUCGCUUAGCGGUUGGUUGCGGAAGGAACUACCCACUGGCGUUUCAGGGCUCGCCCAGGCCCCCGUCGCGGUGCAUUAUGGGGAGCGUAGUGUCCGUGGAGCUCACCGGCGUGGGCGUGACGGACUACACCGCUUUGCAUCUCGGGAGGCCGCGCUCACCAACUUCUGCUAAGAGGGCGGCGGGGACGGCGGAGGUCCGCUGGAGCGCGAGGAAGCGCUCAGCCGGGCCCGCCCGGCUCCUUCUCUCUCGCGGGCCGAGAACCCGGUGGGCCUUCGGAAAAAUUGGGCGUCCGGCCGCCUCCCUGCCAGGGUUGCUGAGCGCCCACCCUCUUCCCGCAGCCCAGCGAUGCCCGGCUGCGAGCUACCCCAGGGCAUCUGCCCGGAUAUGUGCCCGGCCGCCGAGCGCGCCGAGCGCGAAAGAGAGCGCCGCCUUCACCGCUUGGAGGUGGCGCCCGGGUGCCGCGGGGGCCCGCCGCGCGCCGAUCCGGCGAUGGUGCUGGAGACCGCGCUGGCCACGCUGCUGGCCGUGGUGGCGCGGCUCGGGCCGGACGGGGCACGCGGGCCCCUGGACGCAGUGCUGCUGCAGACCCAGGUGCAGGAGAGCUUCGGUUCUCUGCGGCGCUGCUACGCGCAGAGCGGAGGCCCUCACCCCCGCCAGGCCACCUUCCAGGGUCUCUUUCUGCUCUAUAAUUUGGGCUCCACAGAAGCCCUGCGAGAGGUCCUUCAACUGCCUGCCGCCCUGCGUGCCUGUCCAGCCCUGCGCAUGGCCCUCACUGUGGAUUCAGCAUUCCGAGAGGGCAACACUGCCCGCCUGUUCCGCCUGCUCCGGAGCCUGCCCUACCUGCAAAGCUGUGCUGUGCAGGGCCAUGUGGGCCAUGCCCGCCGCCUCGCCCUCGCCCGCCUCACUCAUGCCCUGAGUACCUCCAAGGGGCAGACUUUGCCUCUGAGCUUCAUGGUCCACCUGCUGGCCCUGGAUGGGCUCCACGAAGCGCGAGACCUGUGCCAGGCCCACAGACUGCCCUUGGAUGGAGGGGAGAGGGUUGUGUUCCUGAGGGGUCACUAUGCUGAGGAAGGGCUCCCGCCUGCAGGAACCUGCCACGUGUUAGUGGGAAGCAAGCUCCAGGGGCGCACCCUGGAGGAAGUGGUCAUGACUGAGGAGCAGGAUGAGGUGGUGCACAGACCAGCAUCCCCCACAUGUGGGAGAUGUACCUCUCCUAGAGGACUGGGUCAAAGCAAUUAGGUUUCUGUUUUCAUGAUUCCUGGACAAUAAAAUGAACUUGUUUUAUAGGGACUAA